UGCUUGACUUGUUACACCCUCUUAUCCUGGGCAGAUGGAUGGAUUAAUUGCCUCACAGAUAAGCUUGUUUCUCCAUCUAAAAUCUGACAGUUUUCUGCAAUUCCAUGGAUAUUGUUCAUUUCAUUACUGUUGUUGUUUCCAUACUUAUCUCUUCUUUACAAGCUUCUGGGGCAGUUGAUUCCAUCCUUCAACCCAAUUCCUUAAUGACUGAUGGCAUGACAUUAGUGUCCAAAGGUGGAAGCUUUGAACUUGGCUUCUUCAGUCCUGGAAGCUCUGGUAAACACUAUCUGGGAAUUUGGUACAAGAACGUCCCCAUUCAGACAGUUGUUUGGGUAGCAAACAGAGACAAAUCAAUCCAUGGUUCCUCUGUCACUGCUAAAUUAAUGCUCAACAGCACAGGCAAUCUCGUCCUGGCCCAAGAUGAUACUAUUAUUUGGAAUUCAACUUCUCUGAAACAAGUGCAGAAUCCAGUGGCUGAGCUCUUGGAUUCUGGAAAUCUUGUGGUUCGAGAUGAGAAGGACGAUGAUCCAGAAGCAUAUUUGUGGCAAAGCUUUGACUACCCAAGUGACACACUGCUCUCGGGGAUGAAAUUGGGAUAUGACCUGAGAACAGGUUUGAAUAGACGUCUAACAGCCUGGAAGACUCCGGAAGAUCCAUCUCCAAGUGACUUUUAUCUAACUCUAGCCCCCCGUGACUAUCCUGAAUUUUAUAUAAUGAAAGAAGGUUCAAAGUUCUUCAGAAAUGGACCAUGGAAUGGCGUGGGACUUAGUGGCUCACCAGAACUGAAAGAGAAUUACAUUUUCGAUUUUGAGUUCGUAUCCACAAGAAAUGAGGCUUUCUAUCGGUACACCCUCAAGAAUAGUUCUAUAAUCUCAAGGUACACGAUCAACCUAACUGAGCAAGCAGAUAUUCGCUAUGUGUGGUUGAAAGGUGAUGAAAAUUGGAAGCUUUAUGCUAAAAAGCCUAGUGAUUACUGUGACCAAUAUAAGCUGUGCGGGCCCAAUGGGAAAUGUGUCAUUACUGAAUCACCCCCGUGUCAAUGCCUUAAAGGGUUCGUGCCUAAGUCACCACAGAAAUGGAACUCAGUGGACUGGUCCGAUGGAUGUGUCCGCAAUAAACCUCUAAACUGCUCUGAAAAAUACGCAGACAAGUUUAUGAAAAUGGAAGGGUUGAAAUUGCCGGAAACUACAAAUUCUUGGCUUGAUGAGACAAUGAAUCUAGUGCAAUGCAGAGAGAAGUGCUUGGAUAAUUGUUCUUGCAUGGCCUACACUAAUUCAGAUAUCAGAGGGGCAGGUAGUGGUUGCGUCUUGUGGUUUGGUGAUCUAAUUGAUAUCAAGUAUUAUGCAUCAGGAGGAGAGGUUUUGUAUGUUCGAAUGCCUGCUCCAGAAUUAGAACCUGGGAAAAAUAAAAAGUUGAUAAUGAUCGUUGCCAUCACCAUUGCUGUGAUUUUAUGCAUUCUUUUAGUUGGGAGCUAUUUCAUUUACAGAGUCUGCAGGAAGAGGAUUGAAAAAUCAAGAAAUGCAGGAGUUGAAAUUCAAAACAAUGAAAGAGAUGAUCUAGAUCUCCCACUGUUCGAUCUUCCAACAAUAGCACAAGCCACUGAAAAUCUUUCAGAGAAGAACAAAAUCGGAGAAGGUGGAUUUGGACCUGUAUAUUGGGGAAAGUUACUAAAUGGACAAGAAAUUGCUGUGAAGAAGCUUUCAAGAAGAUCCGAACUUGGAUUUAUUGAAUUCAAAAAUGAAGUAAAAUUUAUAGCCAAACUCCAACAUCGAAAUCUAGUAAAACUUCUUGGCUGCUGCGUCCAUGAACAAGAAAAGUUGUUGGUAUAUGAGUACAUGCCAAAUAGAAGUUUGGACUCCUUCAUUUUUGAUGAAACCAAAAGGAAAUUGUUGGACUGGUUUAAGCGCUUUCACAUUAUUAUGGGUAUUGGUCGAGGUCUUUUAUAUCUUCAUCAAGAUUCAAGAUUACGAAUAAUUCAUAGAGAUUUGAAAGCAAGCAAUAUUUUACUUGAUGAUAAGUUGAUUCCAAAAAUAUCAGAUUUUGGGUCAGCUAAAACUUUUGGAGAAGAGGAAAAAGAAGGCAGUACAAAGAGAGUAGUGGGCACUUAUGGAUACAUGGCUCCUGAAUACGCAGCAGAUGGGCUAUAUUCAGUGAAAUCCGAUGUUUUUAGUUAUGGUAUAUUAAUGCUAGAGAUUAUUAGAGGAAAGAAAAACAGAGGAUUUUAUCUAGAAGACUCAACACACAAUCUUGCUAGCCAUGCAUGGUUACUAUGGAAAGAAGGAAAAGUUUUAGAAUUGCUUGACAAGAACAUGCAGGAACUGUGCAAUGUAUCAGAAGUAGUAAGGUGCAUUCAUGUGAGUCUGUUGUGUGUGCAACAAAAUCCAGAUGAUAGACCCACCAUAGCAUCUGCAAUUUUGAUGUUGGAGAGUGAAGUGGCACUCCCUGAACCUAAACUGCCCGAUCAAACAGUUUUCUGCAACAAGAGGAAUUUAGCUUGUAUUGGCCUUCCCUAUACACUCUACAAUUCCAUGGACAUUGUUUCUUUCAUCACUACCGUUGUUUCCAUACUUGUCCCUUCUUUCCAAGCUUCUAUGGCAGUUGGUUCCAUCCUUCAGUCUAAUUCCCCAAUGAGUGAUCGCAUGAGAAUAUUUUCUAAAGGUGGAAGCUUCGAACUUGGCUUCUUCACUCCUGGAAACUCCGGUAAACAGUAUCUGGGGAUUUGGUACAGAAGCAUCCCAAUUCAGACAGUUGUUUGGGUAGCAAACAGAGAUAACCCGAUCAAUGGUUCAUCUACCACUGCUACUUUAACACUCAACAGCACAGGUAGUCUUGUCCUCACCCAAAAUGAUAGUGUUAUUUGGUACUCAACUCCUCUGAAACCAGUACAGAAUUCAGUGGCUGAGCUCCUAGAUUCGGGAAACCUUGUGGUACGACAUGAGAGAGGCCAGAACUCAGAAGCCUAUUUGUGGCAAAGCUUCGACUAUCCGACUGACACACUGCUCUCGGGGAUGAAAUUGGGAUGCGACCUAAGAACAGGUUUAAAUAGACGUCUAACAUCUUGGAAGACUCCAGAAGAUCCAUCUCCUGGUGAUUUUUCUAUAACUGUCGACCCUCGUAAUCAUCCUGAAUUAUAUAUACUGAGAGGAAAAUCAAAGUUCUUCAGAACUGGACCUUGGAAUGGCGUGGGAUUUGGUGGCUCCCCGGAACUGAAACAAAAUCCUAUUUUUGAUUUUGGGUUCGUAUCUACUAGAGAUGAGAUAUACUAUUAUUGGCACAGCCUCAAGAAUAGUUCUGUUAUCUCAAGGUAUGUGAUCAACCAAACUGAGGAGGCUCGAAUUCGAUAUGUGUGGACGAAAGGUGAGGAAAAUUGGAAGAGUUAUACUAAAAAGCCUAGUGACAAUUGUGAUCAAUAUAAGUGGUGUGGACCUAAUGGGAAAUGUGUUAUCACUGGAUCACCCCCAUGCCAAUGCCUAAAAGGGUUCACCCCCAAGUCACCUCAGAAAUGGAACUCAGUGGACUGGUCUGAUGGAUGUGUCCGCAAUAAACCUCUGAACUGCUCUGAAAAUGGCACAGACAAAUUUAUAAAAUUGGAAGGAUUAAAAGUGCCUGAAACUACAGACGCUUGGCUUGACAAGGCAAUGAACCUAGAGCAAUGCAGAGAGAAGUGCUUGGAAAAUUGUUCUUGCAUGGCCUAUACUAAUUCAGAUAUUAGAGGGGGAGGUAGUGGUUGUGCCUUAUGGUUUGGUGAUCUAAAUGAUAUCAGAUCUUAUGCAUCUGGAGGACAGGAUCUGUAUGUUCGAAUGCCUGCUUCAGAAUUAGAAUCUGGGAACAAUAAAAAGUUGAUAAUGAUCGUUGCCAUCGCCGUUGCUGUGAUUUUAUGCAUGCUUUUAGUGGGGGGCUAUCUCAUUUGUAAAGUCUACAGGAAGAGGAUUGAGAAAUCAAAAAAUGCAGAAGUUGAGAUUCAAAACAAUGAAAGAGAAGAUCUAGAUCUCCCACUGUUUGACCUUCCAAUAAUAGAACAAGCCACCGAAAAUUUUUCAGAGAAGAACAAAAUCGGACAAGGUGGAUUUGGACCUGUAUAUUGGGUAAUUCAAUGUUUGAGUCAUGAACUUAGAAUAAUCACUGUGUAUUUUAUGAAUAGCACAAUUUCAGUACACUCAAAAA